UCGCCAUCGAUUCGGCGUCGUGACGGCGAGGUUCCAGCUCCAGACUACACCGAAAAUGUCACUCAAUUAUCAUGGAAAUCACACAAAUGUGAGGGAAAAUGUCAGAUAGUACGAUGUUAGUUGUAAAUUCGAACAAUUGGAUGUUUCUGUUCAGAAGCAGCGUUUCAUGACGAAAAAGCCAAUUGUCCCUCCUUACAUAUUGCCUCGGCACGCUCGGGAUCAGUCCCACCUGAAUUUGUGGUCGCCGCCUGAAGGAUGGGGAGUACUUCUUCCAAGUUCAAGAAAUACCUUCAGCAUGGGGACGAAUACGCGGCCAUGCAGCUCUACCAGAGUUCCUUGGAACUCAGGAAGAACAUCGAUCCCAAUUUAAGCUACGGCGAGAACCACAACCACAACACUGCUUUACAUUAUGCUGCCAAACAUGGAAUGAAGCAUCUACUGAGAGCUUUCCUGAACGAUUUAGGUGGAAAUCCGAACAAGAAGAAUGCUAUGAAUGAAACCGUACUGCACGCGGCCUGCCAAUUGAACCAAACCAAAAGUUUCAGCGUUCAAGAACGUAAAGCCAGUUGCGUGCAGUUGCUUCUCUAUUGGAAAGGAGUCACGCUUGCAGGAGGCCAAAAAGAGAAAGUCGACCUUGCUGCUCAGGAUAAGGAUGGCAAUACUGCCCUCCACUGGGCUGCAAGCAAAGGAUUGAAACGAUGUGUAGAGUUACUUCUGGCACAUGGCGCCCCGUUAUUCAUAGAGAACAAUGACAAGCUCACUCCUUGUGACUUAGCAAUGAGAGGAUCUCAUCAUGAUAUAGCAAGACUUCUGGAGAGCAGAAUGGUUUUUGCGGAUAACACCGAUACAGUUAAUGAAGAUGAAAUUAUUCAGGAGCAGGACGAAGUUUAUAGUGGACUGAGAAGUCAAGAUUUGCAGGAGGCAAAGGAUCAACUUCUUGUAGAUACGUCUGAUAUGCUUAAGAUACCAUUAUUCACUGCCGAAGCCCUUCUUAGGAAUAACGAAUGGUCGAGAGAACUUCUCCUGGAAAAGUGGAUGAAAGAUCCGAUUGAGUGCUGUGAAUUAGCAGGAGUUCAAGCGCCUUCAAACGUUCUCAACCACGCUGGAUCGUUCGAUUCCAGCGUUUCCACAUCCGAUACGACAGAAGAAAUCAACGAAAUCACAUGCGAAAUUUGUUUAUCUACGAUUACCAACACAGAACAACCCGUCAAAAUGUCGUGUAAACACUGUUUCUGCAAAAUUUGCUGGGAGAGCUACUUAACUACCAAAAUACAAGAUGGGGAUGCCCACAAUAUUCUCUGUCCAGCCUAUCAGUGCCAUAUUCUAGUUCCUGUGGAAUUCAUAGAAAAAUUAGUUAGUCCAGAUAUGGCCAGGAGAUAUUUGCAGUUCGACAUCAAGGCUUUUGUUGAAAGCAACAAGAGCAUCAAAUGGUGUCCGAUUCCUGGCUGUGGUAGAGCGGUACGACUUCCGGAAGCAGAACAAAUGUCCAGAAGAAGUUUCAGUAAAACGAUACCAAUCACAUCCCAUGCCGUCGAUUGUGGAAACAGCCACUUCUUCUGCUGGGAGUGCUUAGGUGAAGCUCAUGCUCCGUGCGGAUGUAGUCAAUGGCAAGACUGGAUGAUGAAAACGAAAGAAGUGAAACCGGAAGAACUCAAAGCUUCAUGUAGUGGAAGUGAAGAUGCUGCUAAUUUUUUAUGGUUAGUGACCAAUUCCAAGCCUUGUCCUAAUUGUAAAAGUCCAAUCCAAAAGAACGAAGGUUGUAACCACAUAAAGUGUUCAAAGUGUAAAUUUGACUUCUGUUGGGUGUGUCAAGAAUCAUGGAAAAGGCACAGUUCCGCAACAGGAGGAUAUUUUCGCUGUAACCGAUUCGAAUCAGUACACAAGGCUGAUGAAAAGCAGUGUUCUCUCAUUUCAGAAGCUUUAGACAAAAACAAUCAACUGCAGGAGACAUCAAGAUUUUUACAUUUUUACACUAGAUUCAAGAACCACGAAAAUAGUCAGAAAUUAGAAGAACCUUUGCUUACUAGUGUGAAGCAGAAGAUGGAGGUGUUGGCAAGCAGCUUGGGGUUGAAAAAGGGAGAAGACGUAGGAGAAAAAAGUACAAAAUUCAUAGAAGAAGGCGUUCGCGAAUUACUUAAAGCCAGAAGAGUUCUUUGCGGAUCCUACGUCUAUGGAUAUUACCUAGUGGAUGAUGGAUACAACAAGUCGAUUUUCGAAUUCAUGCAGAACGAAUUGGAAGAAGUAACCGAAAAACUCAGCGAAAUGAUUGCCAGGUCCUAUCUAAGAACUCCGAAGACGAUGAUUGUACAGACAACGGCAUUAGCUAGAAGGAAACGUCAUGAAUUUGUGAGAGCAGUUGCCCAAGGUCUUAUACCUCCAGAAACGCCACCCCAUCAAAGGAAACGAAAAAGGAAACAUUUGGAUAGCGAUUUCACACAAACGAGCGUGUGGUUAAAGGACUGUGAAUGGCCUGAGUAUGAUUCUGAUGACGAGAAUGAAUUGGCUCACAAACACUUCAAUACAAGGAGUUCCACGCCCAAAGACAAGGAUCAUCAGUGUGGGUUAUUGUGCACACAUAGCAAUUGUCCUCAAUCGGAUUAUAACGUAGAAAUGAUAAUAGCACUGGAGAUGUCAAGACUUCAAAUGAUCGAAGAUAGGAUGAAACAGGCACAAGCGAACACAAUCACACCUGAUCCAAGCUCAAGCAUAUCCAAUAACAGCAAUGAAAGCGUGGAUGACCAACUCAAAUUAGCCAUCCAACUUAGCCUUCAAGAUGCCGAUUUAGGUAGACAAUGCGCGAACUCAGCCGAUGGUGGAAACACCUCUAAUUAUCCCAAAUCCAACGCCGAUUUCACCGUGGAUUACUUUUUGAAGUCCUUGGCUAACAGAUCCAUAGACCUGAAAAGUCUUGAAUUGGACGUUGAUAAACUAAAAUCUGAAGCAAGCAGGGGUUUAUUCUUCCGGUCGUGCAACGGAAAAGAGGACGGUAGAUUUCAAAUAUCGGAUAUUCACGAGAAUGGAUUCGCCUUCGAGGACUUGGACGAGUACGAAGACCCGGAUAUCCGAUUGAAGCGAUCCCACUCAACAGGGGAUCUGAGAAUCAGAAGGGGUGGUAGAGGGUCCAGGCAAGGAACAAACGGGGAAGAACCUAGAUACCACUUGGACUCGGACCAUAGCAGUCAACAUGAUGAGAAGCCUGAGGAAUUAGCUAGGAAAAUGUUAACACUACCAUCUUCUUCCAAGAACAAACAAUUUUUAUUACUUCAGCAGACUUACCCUGAAGAAGAACUUUAUCAAGCUCAAAGCUCCGUUGAAGAUACCACAAUAUCAGAUUCCAUAAACGCCGAUAUGGAAGUUUGUGGUAUAUUCAACUCGAACGAGAGCAAGGAUUUCAACGAUAAGGUAGCUGAAGAUGAAGCCAAAGAUAAUAUCGAUAGUGAUAUUGAAAACAAAGAAAACAAGAAGACUGACGUUGAACCAACAGAGCACAAAAAACAUAGUCAUAAUCCGUUCGCCUCAAUCAAGGCGAAAUUCUGUUCGUCACACUUACCAAAGACUAGUUAUUUUAGCCGUGCGAUAAACAAGAAUCUCGAACUGUUAUGUGAUAAGAAGAAUUUAAUAGAUAAUGACGAUUCUAAGAUUACCAGGAAGCACUCGGGUGAAUCGUUAAGUGAAAAACACAGCCCGAAACUGCGCAAACUGAAAAAAUGCGAUAACCAGAGCAGCUUCUCGAAAUCUACAGGGUUUCUGGCUGAAACCAAAAGGAAGACGUACAAGACGAGCAAUCACGUCCUUCGCAUAAAAAUCUGUCAAGAUCACAAACGUUGCAAAGCGCUAGAAACUGAUAGUUCCAAUGAAUAUGAAUCAGAAACUGGUAUACCCAAAUCGCCGACGUUAUUCAUUUCGGGAGUGUCCAUUUCCCGUACGCCUGAACCUAAAUCGCCAGGUAUGUCGCUGAUUUCGAGCGGUAGACAAUCUAGAUCUUCUAGUUUAAGUGUUCCGCUGCCUAUCAAUUCGUGCUCUCUAAAUAUUUCGAGCAGUAGUUUGAACAACACGCAAGCGGAAACUUGCACUCCAUCCCUUGUUCGGUCGGCCACUCCAUCGUCCUCGAAGAACAACCUUGAAUUCAGCCCCAACGAGAGUCCAAGGAAAGAGAAUGGAAACAGCAGAUCGAAGAGCGCUAACGAGCCGGAACGCGAAAGGGAAAUGUUUCGUUUUCCAAAGUCUUCGACUGACGGCGCUCUAAGUUCCGUACUACACGUUCAAGAAUCGAAUUUGAGCUCCGACGAUUUCCAUGAGGCCCUCUUUCUACUGGAAAGAUCACCAAAAACCAGGGACUCAAAAAGGAAGAAAAAACUCAAGAAGAAGGACAAAGAGGAGAAGAAGGAGGACGUCACUUCUGCAUUGUAAUUUCAUAAGACUGUUUUGUUAGGGUUGUUUCAAAAUGUGAUGUGAUAAAACUAGGUUUGUAGGAGUAUGUUUAGAUUAUUAUAUGAAUUGACCAAAAUAUGAAGUUAAAUCUGGUUCAUAUGCCUAUUUGUUGAGUAAUGAUAAUAUAUUUCAUUUUUACUUU